CGAGUCAAGUCUAUUUGAUACAUUACGGUAUUCGUCAUGAUGACGAUGCGGAAGUAUUCUGGAUGUUUUUUGCCUUCUUCGCAUGCACCGACAGUAUUCAGGGCUCUUGUUUUCCAGCAGAUAUGGUCCAACUGCACGUCAAACGAGGUGAGGAGAGUCCGUUUCUCGUCGACACCACGGUGGAUGUUUCAUUGGAAACGCUAACGCUACAAGUUACCGCUAUUUAUAAUGGGAUACUCAAAGUGGACAGGAUUUGUUCAGAAAUUCAGGAGCUAGCGGAGCAUGGCAUCACCCUUCCCCCAAACAUGCAGGGGCUAACGGACGAUCAGAUCGUGGAUCUCAAGCUCCGAGACGGGUGGGCAGACAAAUGCAUACCCAGUGGCGGGGCCGAGUUCAAGAAGGACGAAAUCGGAAGGAGGAACGGACAUGCACCAAACGAGAGAAUGAAGGAGGUCUUGAAGAAAACGGUUGAAGAAGCAAAAGCCUUAGUAUCAAAAAAACAGGUGCAGGCGGGCGUGUGCGUCACCAUGGAGAUGGUUAAAGAGGCUCUAGACCAGCUCCGAGGUGCAACCAUGAUCGUCUACCCCAUGGGCCUGCCCCCACACGACCCCAUCAGGAUGGAGUUCGAGAACCAGGAAGAUCUCUCCGGAACACAGGCCUCGCUGCAGGUGAUCCUGCCCGAGGAAGCCCAGCUCUGGUGGGCCGCCAAGGAGCUGCAGAGAGGGAAGAAGCUCCAGGACUACGUGGGCAAGAACGAGAAGACCAAGAUCGUCGUCAAGAUCCAUAAGAGAGGCCAGGGGGCGCCAGCGAGGGAGCCCCCGGUGAACGCAGAGGAGCAGAAACAGAUGAUGCUGCACUACUACCGGCGUCAGGAGGAGCUCAAGAAACUGGAGGAGGCGGACGACGAUUCUCAUCUGCAGUCCGAGUGGGCGGACCGGCAGGCCCUGAAGAAGCAGUUUCAGGGGCUUUCCAACAUCAAGUGGGGCCCCAGGUGAACUCUGCUCCAGAGUGGAGACCGUUUGUCCCUCAUCCCUGGACUACCACAGGCGUCAGGCCUUACCCGUUGACUCUCGAUGUGACAUCCGGCCACGUUUCAGCUCCGCUGAGCCCGGCUGGAGUUUCCUGACUUUACUAGUCGCACCUCACCGGUUGGUUUAGGCAGUGCAUGCUAGUUAAGGUGUCUUGGGUACUUGUGAAUUAAAAGUUGAAAAUGUAA